AUCUCCAAGCCACGUUCGUGGUUGUCGGCGGUGGCAUCGCUGGCGUUUCGUGCACCCAGCAGUUGGCUCAACUGUGCCCAACAGACUCCAUCCUGCUGGUGACUGCCUCCCCCAUCGUCAAGACAGCAACCAAUAUUGUCAAGGUAUGCAGGGUCAUGGAGAGUUUCAAAGUUGAAGAAAGGCUUCUGACCUACCUUGAGAAACAGCAUCACAAUGUCAGAGUGCUCCAGGACGUCCUGGUUUCUCUGGAUGCAGACUCUCGGGUGGCGACCCUCAAGAGCCGGCGCACCGUAUCAUACAAGAGCAUAUGCCUCUGCUUAGGAGGCAGACCCCAGUUGCUGGCAGAAGGGAACCCCUUGGUUCUUGGAGUGCGAGACACUGAGACUGUCCAGGCACUUCAAGAAAAACUGAAAGGUGCCCGAAGAGUUGCCGUCGUGGGUAACGGGGGCAUUGCCACAGAGCUGGUGCACGAGAUACAGGGCUGCCAGGUUCUAUGGGCCGUUCGCCAGGACAGCAUUGGGGCUACCUUCUUCGAUCCAGGGGCCGCACAGUUCUUCAUGCCGCAGCUGUACUCUGACCGAGAUGCCCCAGCAGCACCCUUUAGGAGAGCCAGCGAGAUUGAAGGCGAGACACCCAGCAAAGGUGUUCCUGGUAGUGCCUUGGGACCUGACUGGGCAUCUGGGUGUGUCAUGCUUGGAGCAGGGGCCCAGAAGAAAACGGUGCACGUGGGGUACAGCUGCGAAGUGGACGAGCUUCUGACGCCGGAACAGUUUCGACAGCGGUCCUUGACCGAGACGCCAUUUCCGCAGCAGCAGCAGGGGAACACUGGUGUUGAGGCCAUUAUGGAUUGGCCACUCUAUGUGCUUCUCACCAAUGGGACGUUGUUUGGUUGUGACCUUGUGGUGAGCGCCACUGGUGUGACACCCAAUGCAGACAGCAUCGACGUGCCGCAGCUGCGGCUAGGCCCGGACGGAGGCAUCUCAGUGGACGAGCACAUGAGGAGCUCCGUGGAUGGCGUGUACGCGGCUGGGGACGUGUGCUGUGCGGCCUGGGCACGCUCGGAGCUCUGGUUCCAGAUGCGCCUGUGGGGCCAGGCACGGCAGAUGGGUGACUGGGCCGCCCACUGCAUGGCCGCAGAGCACCUGGGGCAGCCGCCACCCAUGGCCGACGCCCGCUUCGACCUCUUCUCCCACGUCACGCGCUUCUUUGGCUACCGGGUCAUCCUAUUGGGACUGUUCAACGGCCAGGGUCUAGACAAGGACGACCACAGGGCACUGGUGCGCAUCACGCCCAACGCGGAGUUUGUGAAGCUUCUGCUGCAGGGCGGGCGCCUCAAGGGGGCCAUCCUCGUGGGAGAGACGGACCUUGAGGAGAUGUGCGAGAACCUGCUGCUGGACCAGCUGGACCUUGGGCCCCUCGCAGACCGGCUGCUCGACCCAGAGGUGGACAUAGAUGACUACUUCGACUGACCGCCACCACGGCGGGGGAUAGAGGUCUCUGAAGAAUACGCUGCGCCAUCCCGCGGCAUUUGUAAAAUAUCUGAGCGAACCUUCCACACCCUUGCUUCGUGGCACUGUUUGAGCGCUUCCCUUCUUUCACCGUGACCGCCGCCCCCCUUGGCAACAAUAAGAGCCACAAGCGACUGCCACCACUAUUUAUUUCUGAUCGGACCCAUUUUUUGGCCGAGUGCUUGCAAACAGAACAAGAGACUACUGUGAUACAUUGGUGGGGAGCGACUUGUUGAGAACUUUGAAUGGUGAGAUCAAGUGGUAUACAGCAAAACCUCAUUGAUAUGUUCUCAGUUGAUACGUUUUCCCGGCUGUUACGUUCAAAAGCGCCGGUCCCAUUUUACUUCCAUAGAUAUACUACAUGUAUGAGAUACCUGCACCACAUAAGCAAUAAUAUUUUACAGGGGGGCAGUAGUAGUAAUAAUACUUACGAGCUGAAGGAUUUGUGGUUUUAAAUAGGGCUAGAUAAUUCCUAGAGUAUGUUAUGCAAAUAAAUAGAUAUUUGUGACAAUUGACAACUUAUUUAUGACAAGGGUUCCGUGUUGUUGGGGUUCCAUUUCCUUCUAAUUCGAAAAUGUCUUUUCAGGGUUUAUUAUUAUUUUGUUUUUUCAGAAUCUGUGUUUGUUUAGCGCUGGGCGAGAAAUUGGGGUUUAUCGAGGCUAAUCUUAUAAAACGACU